AUGAUGCUUGAAUGUGGGAGUGCCCUUUUCCAAGUUAUGCUCUUCAACAUCAUUCCGUACCUGCUGGAAUACGAGCCAGUCGAGAUUUCUGAGGAAGAGAAGCUUACGAUACCCAAAUGGGCUGCUGGCGUGCUACCUGAGCAACCGGAUUUCGAACUGCAAAUUCCGUGUCAACUGGUGUCUACUCACUCGUUGAUGCGCUAUGUUGCGAAAAGCUGGGGUCUCUCUGGUGCAGCUACCAAGCAACUGGCUACUCCUUCAAAUGUACUGCUGGUUGAAUCUCUCAGCCAUGUUCUAACAGUGCUCGACCAAGCUGUUACGUCGUCCCAGAGAUCAAUGUCAGGGUCUUUAUUCUGUAUCCAACGGCUCUGUUUCCUGUCGUCGACUGCAACUGAAAUGCAUUUGGAGACGCUCCCUACCUGGCCUACGGUUCGGACACAAGUAGAGCUGUCACUUCUCCGUUUGCUGCACCAGCUCGAGCAACUUCGAGAAAUAUCUACGACUGAGGCGUAUUUUAGUCAGAAUUUCGUAGCAGCUUGGCUGGCAUAUCUGCCUGCUGGUCAGUUUAAUCAGGUUUUCAACUUUAUAGCCACCAGACACAGGUAA